AUGGCCGACGAGAUGACGAUCAUGCGGUUCAUCCGCCCCAUUUACGACGCCAUCGACAACCGCCAGUACAAGAACGCUAUCAAGCUCUGCAACCAGAAGAAGGUGUGCGACAUCGACCUUGUCCAGGUGCUCCAAGCGCACUGCCUCGAGCGCAUUGGCAAGAUCGACGACGCGCUCCGGAUCGUUCGCCGCAUUGCGCUCAAGAAGCCGACGGAAGAGACGAUUCUGAGCACGAUGCAGCUCGUCUUCAAGCUCUGCGGCGCCGCCCACGAGAUGCUGCCCGUCUACGAGAACGCCGCCGUCCUUCAGCCGACGAACGAAGAGCUCCAAGCGCAGCUCUUCCAAGUGUACACGCGAUCGCUCAUGCUCGCCAAGCAGCAGCAGCUCGGCUUCAAGAUGUACAAGACGUUCAACAAGCUCCAAUACGUCGGCUGGGCGUGCUUGAGCAUGCUCCUGCAAGUCACGAUCGAAAAGUCGUUGCCGAUGAAGAUGCUGCCGCUUGCCGACAAGAUGCUCGCAAAAGCCCUCCGCGACCACCCGGCCGACGCCAACGGCGAGGCCGUCUCGCUCCUCGUGCUCUUGCUGCAGGCCCAAGGCAAGCCGGCCGACGCCAUGGAAGCGUUCACCGAGUUCAUUCACGUACUCGAGACGGACGAAGCGCCAACGACCAAGCCCCGCGCUCUCGAAGGCGAAGGCGUCACGGAAGACGAGAUCGACCUCGGCCCGAUGCAAGCCAUCGACCGCCUCGUGCUCGAGGCGGGCCUGGCCAAGGACGUCGGCGACCUCGAACGGUGCGCGGCUGUCUACGAGAAGCUGCUCACGACAUACAACGCGGACGACUGGGCGUUCUGGUGUGGCUUGAUCGAGGCGGCCAAGGCGCCCGACUCCGUAUUGCCCGUGAUCACGGCGCUUCAAACGGCGAACGGCAACCGGCUCCGCGGGCCGUACUUGGCGGAAAUUGAGCUGCAGUUCCAGCACGUAGCAAAGACGGACGACGCGGCCGUGCAGCGCACGUUGCUGCCGCUCCUCCUCGCGUAUCUCGAGCGGUUUGCGAGCAAGACGUGCUGCUUCACCGACGUGCAGCGGUACCUGACAGCGCUGCCGGACGGCGCGCGCGCGGCGCUGGUCGCUUCGAUCUCGAGCUCGCUCUCGACGACGCUGACGGCGACCGACCUUCCUGGCGCGACGCUGCAGUUUCGCAAGAGCUUGCUGUCGCGCAAGACGCUCCGGUUCCUUGGCCAAGACGCAAGCCUCUCGCGCGACGACCUCGUCGCCAAAGCGAAUGCGUACCUGGCCGAGUACGACGCUGCUCAGUGGCUCAACGAAGCCAAGGUCGGCGGGCAGCGCGAGGUGCAAGUCACGGACGAUCUGCUGCUGCUGGCCGUGCACUUGCACUUGGACGCCUAUACCGUCGCGUCGUCCGCCGACCUUCUCGUGCAAGCCGCGGCCGCGUUGGAGCUCGGGCUGAGUCGCAGUGCGUACAACUUCCAGAUGAAGAUGCUGCUCUGCCGCGUGUAUGCGCUGCUUGGCGCGGGCGACGCGGUCUUGAGCCGCUAUAAGGAGCUCGACAUCAAGCAGAUCCAGCUCGACUCGCUCUCGUACCUUGUGCUCGACGGCCUCUUUGGCCUGCAGAUGGACAAGGACGGGCUUCGCCUCUGCGAGUCGAUCCGCGCGCUGCAUAAGACCACGUCGCGCGACACGCCCGAGUUCAUUGGCCGCGCGUACCGUCUCGGCGUCUACUCCAAGGCGCAAGACAUGACGUCCUUCCUGCUCUGCAAGAUGCGCCGGUCCGAGAUGCUGGCGCUCGCGACCGCCGAGCUCGCGCACGCGCAGCUCCUCACUGCAUGCUCGUCGGCGACGUAUCUCCACAGCCACCUCGGGGACCCGUCGCUGCAGGCCGAGCUCGACGGGUUGCUGGCUUCGGAAGCGACGCUCUCGGCCAACCACCACCGCGAAGUUGAAGUGACGUGGACGGCCCCGACCACCAAGGACGGCGCGUACCUCUUUGCUUCAGCGGGCGUCUCGAGCUGCGACCGGACGCGCGACAGCACGAGCCUUCGGGCGUGGCUGGAGCUCCGUGCGGUUGUGCCCAAGCUGCUGGCGGCCGCGCUCGACGCAUCGCCCGAGACGGCCACGCAUGUGACGACGCUGCAGCGGCUGUUGAGCGUGCUGACAGUCGCGCCCUUGACGGCCGAGUGGCAGCUCGUCAACGAGGCGUCGCAGGCGCUGGAGGCGGUGGUUGCUAGCGACCUGCCGCGCGCCAAGGCGGCGCUGGACCGUCUCGCAUCCGUGGUUCCGACGGUGACAGCGCUGCAGCUGCAAGCGGUCGACGGCGUCGUCGCCGCCCAUGCGCUCUCCAAGGCGUCCAUCUUCCUUCGCGAUGUCAUUCCGUACAGCGCAAUGCUGCUUUCGGUCGCGAUGAAGCUCUUGAAGCCCAAGAAGAAGACCAAGGACCCUGUCCAGAAGGACGUCUCGGAGCUCUUGCGACAGCUCGUGCUCAAGACGACGACGCUGCUCACGUCGGGCGACAAAGCGCUGCGCCAAGUGCACGUUCGCGUCGAUGGCGACGCAGCCAUCAAGGACAAGGUCGAGUCGGCGCAAAAGGCGAGUCUCGAGCGUCUCUCCAAGACGAUUGCAGACCGCGUCGCGUUCCUGCGGUCGUUGUGA